AAUGGCAGAUUUACCCCUGCAAAAGGUCCUAAUUACGCGAGAAAGAAUGGGCGACUACGAAGGAAGCUGCGUUGCCUGAGCUGAGACCCGACUUGAUCGAUUUCGAAUCCCAAUCACUCUCGACUGGAUUACUAGAAAAGAGGGGGAAAAGGAUGGCAAGCACUGUGGAUGCGGGAGAACCAGUCCCAACUUCAUCAGUAUUGAUGGCUGCAGCGAAGCAUAUUGGUACUAGAUGCCGUGGCGAGAAUUUGGCAUAUUUGAAGUGCAAGAAGGAUGAUCCGAACCCUGAGAAGUGCCUUGACAAAGGGCGCCAAGUGACGCAAUGUGUGCUCCAUCUGUUGCGAGAUCUGCACCAGAGCUGCAACAAAGAACUGGAUGCAUACGCCGGGUGCAUGUAUUACCACACAAAUGAGUUCGAUUUGUGUCGCAAGGAGCAAAAGGAGUUUGAGAAAGCAUGCCCCCUCUAAUGGACAACCUUGGACUAAUCUUGUGUCGAGGUAAUAAAGUUAUAGCCAAUUCGACUGGACUCAAGUAUGUUGUUGAAUGCUCUUCUUGAUUGAUAUAUUUCUCCUAUGUACUGUUUUCGAUAACUGCGGCUCAUAUCAAUCGCCAAAAAUGUUCGUUUCCAUGUAUUUCCAUA